UUUAGGUUUUCUUUCAUUUCAGUCCCAACCUCAAAACGCAGUGUGCGAAUCGACAAGACAACAAUGUCGUUUUUAAGGUACGUUGUUUUUGUUUCCUUUCCGAAAUCGAGAUCAUACUCUCACAGUCUGCAACAUUUCCACGAUAACAUUGAUGUUGUUUCCUCGUUCAAUGAAAUGCUCCAUAAGGAUCCCACUCCUCCCGCCAUUGAAUUUGGCAAGAUUUUAGGUUCUCUUAUGAAAGCCAAACAUUACCCCACUGUUGUUUCCCUUUCCCAAAAAAUGGAGCUAAACAGAGUUGCUCCUGAUUUUGUAACUCACAAUAUCCUCAUCAAUUCUCUCUCACAAUUGGGUCAUAUUACUUUUGCUUUUUCUGUAUUCGCAAAGAUUCUCAAAAGGGGUUAUCGCCCGGAUUGCUUUACCUUCAAUACAUUCAUCAGGGGUCUCUGUCUCAAAGGUCAGCUCCAUAAUGCAUUGCAAUUUCAUGACAAGGUUGUGGCUCAGGGAUUUCGGUUGGACCAAGUUUGUUAUGGGACAUUGAUUAAUGGUUUAUGCAAAGCGGGUGAAACAACCGCAGCACUACGAUUGCUGAGACGAGUUGAUGGGAGAUUGGUUCAGCUUGACACGGUAAUGUACAAUACAAUCAUUGAUAGUAUGUGCAGAGAUAAACUUGUUAAUGAUGCAUGUGAUUUAUAUUCUGAAAUGGUUGCUAAGAAAAUUUCUCCCAGUGUUUUCACUUACAAUGCUUUAAUUAGUGGCUUUUGCGUUGUUGAUAAUUUGAAAGAAGCAAUUCAUUUGCUUAAUAGAAUGGCAUCGGAAAACAUUUAUCCGAAUGUGUAUACCUUUAGUAUAUUGGUUGAUGCUUUUUGUAAGGAGGGAAAGGUGAAAGAAGCACGAAAUGUGUUAGCUAUGAUGAUUAAAAAAGACGUUCAACUUAAUGUUGUUAUUUAUACUUCUUUAAUGGUUGGAUAUUGUCUUGUAAAUGAAGUGAAUAAGGCCAAUGAUAUACUCAACAUUAUGUCCGAAAGGGGAGUGACUGCUAAUGUUUGGAGCUACACUACCCUGAUCGAUGGAUUUUGUAAGGCUAAAAUGGUGGAUGAAGCUAUAAGUCUUUUCAAAGAAAUGCAUUGUAGGAAUAUCAUUCCUAAUACAGUAACUUAUAAUUCCCUUAUUGAUGGCUUGUGCAAAUUAGGGAGAAUCCCAUAUGCUUUGGAGCUUAUUGAUGAGAUGUAUGAUAGAGGUCAACUACCUAAUAUAAUUACGUACAACUCUAUAUUGGAUGCUUUAUGCAAAAAACGUCAAGUUGAUAAAGCAAUUGCACUGUCAAGAACAUUUAAAGAUAUGGGUAUUCAACCAGACAUGUACACGUAUAAUAUUCUUAUCGGUGGAUUGUGUAAAGUUGGAAGACUAGAGGAUGCACAAAAGGUUUUUGAAGAUCUUUUGGUCAAAGGCUACAGUCUUAAUAUCUAUACAUAUACUUUCAUGAUCCGUGGACUCUGUAAGAAAGGCUUGUUCGAUGAAGCAUUGGCCAUGCUGUCGAAAAUGGAAGACAAUAGUUGCACUCCUGACGCCGUUACUUUUGAAAUAAUUAUUCGUUCCCUUUUUGAUAAAGAUGAAAAUGAUAAGGCGGAGAAACUUCUUCGUGAAAUGAUUGUAAGAGGUUUAUUGUGAGACUGAAACUAGGUAAGAUAUUUGCCUAUUGUUGUACAUUAUUAUUUUGAAUUUUCACUUCAAUAUUGUUUCAUCAUUUUAUUUAUGUAAUUGGAUUGGACUUGUAGAGGUGGGCUGCUUCAACCCACCAUUUGUCAGAAGGUAAGAGCUAUUGAUCAAAAGAGGACUUGCAGAGGUGGGCUGCUUUAGCUUUCCUUCAAAUAAUAUAAUUAUCCUUUCAUGUUUUAUACUGUGUAUAUUUAUAUGUUUUUCUUAUGGGAAAGGUUUUUUCAUAACCUUUUUUUGGUUACUUAAUUCUAUUGAUUUUGAUCAUUUACAAGUAGGUCUCAUUUGCUCAUAUAUUACUGUACUUUUACUUGCGCAUAAUGAUAAUUUUAAUCUUACAAAGUUUAACUGUUUUAGAAUGAUCAACUUAAGAUUGAAUUUCUAUAACCUGAAUUGUACACAAGAGGUUCAUUAUUUGAGAUUGUGAAAAGCUGUUAAUCUGUUUUGGUUAGGAAGUUUACUCACAAUGCUUGUUAACCUGCUUAGAAUAGAAAUAGAUUUACUUAUCAGCUGUGCACUUAUGAUGUAAUAGCAGAAAGAGAUUACAUAUCGUAAACUAUAAAUAAAACCAACUGGGAUAAUUGGAUGCUUUGUAUAUUUAUGAUCAAAGACUAGCACCGGCUUAAAAAGAUGUGAUGAACUGUAAAUGAAACCAACUGGGAUAAUUGGAUGCAUCUGUAACAUUCAUGCACAUAUAGUUGUCAUAAUCUCUCUUGCUACAGGAUUGGGGAAGAACUUCAAGUGCGACAAACCUGCGGCGUCCUAUGAGGAACCUGCAGGUGCGAUUAAGUUUGAUGGACGACCCUAAAUUUGAAGGAGUGCAGUCAAGACAGAUUGAUAUAUGGUUUCAGAAGGAGUUCGGCCAAAACAGAUUGCACAAGAACUGUUUAAAAUCUUACUGAACUGGUUGAGUUGCAGCAGAAAAUGGUGACACUUGUGCUUAGGCCUUUCACAAAAAGGGAUUUGAUAUUGUGUUGUGUCCUGUAGAACAGCUUGUACUAUGAGAUUGUGUCUGAUAGCAUAUUAUAUAUAUAGGAUUAAUUUUCUUUUUCAAAUUUCUAGUCAAAUGUUUUGUACUUUUCUAAUACUUUGCUUCCAUGUUUAACAUUUUUCUACUGUCAAUGCCUGUAUUAAAAAAUAAUUAAUGUUUUUGUUUUUGUCGUGAGGGAAUAUCU